GAUUACAACAUGCUCCGUGACGAAGACGUCGCCGCCCACGAGUACAUCGAGAUAGCCACGCUGUUCUCCCCCUUCGCCGAGGAGCUGUACCGGGAUUUCAACAGAACCAACACGGAGGCGUUCACCAACCUCCAGGAGUACCGGCUGUCUUGGAAGGUAGGUUAGCCGCGUGGACAGCGUUAACAGAAUUUUGUGUUCAAUUGCGCUCACUCACAGGAAGCCAGUGGAGAUCUUUAAGAACUGGUGUGAUGUGAUCGUCAGGGUCUAUUUCUUUAUUCGCGAUACAAUUGCGAUGCGUGCUGUAGUAUUUUGUACCAUCUGGACUCUCUGAAUUUGAUUCUGAGGUAAACCCUAAUGACGAUCUCUCCUCCUCAUUCCUCCACCGACCAUCUCUCCUCCUCAUUCCUCCACUGACCAUCUCUCCUCCUCAUUCCUCCACUGACCAUCUCUCCUCCUCAUUCCACCACUGACCAUCUCUCCUCCUCAUUCCUCCACUGACCAUCUCUCCUCCUCAUUCCUCCACUGACCAUCUCUCCUCCUCAUUCCUCCACUGACCAUCCCUCCUCCUCAUUCCUCCACCUACCAUUCCUUCCCUUGUUUGAAAUCCCCAACUUGCUCACCCCUCGCCUAAGAUUACUAUCUCGCCUUUCUUCUCUCACUCUUCACUGCUGUCGGCCUAUCCAUUGUCUUCGUUCUUAAACGCUACUCCCGCCCUUCCAUGGAUUUUCUUAUCCGUUCCAAAUGCUAUUUCAUGAAGAAUGGCGCCUCGAGGCCCUAUAACCCAAUCUACCAAACACAAUCACGACACAAUUCAAUGGAACUCGAAUGUCCCAAAACAGAAUUAAACCUGUCUGCAGGCAAUCUUUUGUGUGUGGCGGCGACCUCCGCUCAUACUAACAGACCUCAGUGUGCGACGCCCUUGCAUGAUUGAUAGCCUGCAUCGUGUUAUUUUUUUUAAUACGACUCGUUUUCUUAAGCUUUUUAAUGGAUGUUGUUAUUAUAGAUCAGCAGGUGGGCGAAGGGGCGACAAUAUGGGGCGUCAGCCUAAAGGGGGGUAGUUGUAAAUUAUCUUUAUAUAUAUAUAAAUUGAUGAAAUAAAAAAAGGAGGGGGGGGGCAUUUUUAGGCUUCGUACCGGCGCAGCUUUGCUCGGCACGGUCCUGUGUAUCAGGGACAAAUCGGACCGUUAACUUUGGCCCAUCUGUUUAAUCUGAGAGUGAAAGGAACUAAAAUGAUUCAUGUCUCUUUCUCUCCAAUCGCUGUGAAAAAAAAAGUUGGUAGAGUAUACAGCAAGCCAUCCUCAUGUAAGCUGAUAUUUAGAUGUCGUGGAUUACGUCACUUUCUCUCUCUCUGUGUGUGUGUACACGUGUGUGUGUGUUCGCUUCCUGAUUAAUCUCGUCAGCUCGAUAUUGUUUUGUUAUCAACUGUAGUAAUUUAUUUAUUAGUUUAUAAAAUUGGUCUUUUAAUAAAAAAAUAAAAUAAAAUAAAUUAAAGUCAACCAGCUUUAUUAAAAAUAAUUGUUUUCCCCAGAUCUAUGGUUGAAAUUGGUUGGGGGGGGGGGAAUUGCAAUUUGAAAUUCAUUACACCGGGUCAGAGCCAUCAACACACGUGAACUGUUGCAGAAAAAUUUACAUUUUGUGGACAAAAAAACCCCCAACAAAACACAAAAAAAGACAACCACCUAGGUACGAGGCUGCACCAAACGCCAAUGAAUGACAACGAUGGAGAUUUUAUGGUCGUGUUUACCAGAUUCAAUCAAACCUAUUAACUCAGUUGAUUUAUAACAACAUUACAAUUAAUAUAUUUUAGUCCUCUUUCCCCCCCCCCCCCCCCGGAACCCUAACAGGAAUAUAUUUCUGUUGUGAUAAGUUCUAAGAGUAAAAAUAAUAAUAAUUAAUUAAUUAGAUGUGAAUAACUUAAAAAAAAAAAAACCUCUGCUUUUAGAAUCUUUGUUUUGGCGAGGAGUUUCCCUGGUGACGUAAACAAGAAGCUCUUCCACACGGUCUUGAUUGAUGCAGCUGGUAGAAUGGGAAAUGUUUUUUUUUAAAUGGAUAGUUUCGAAUCAGUUAGAAUGGGAUGGCCAUGUGUUUGGGAGUUGGAUGCGAUGUGGAUGGGAUGUCGAUGGGUGAUUGGAUGGGAAGCUGAUGGGACAUGGAUAGGAAUUGGAUGUUAAGUGGGUGGCAAGUUGAUGGGACGUUCGAUGGUAAUUGAAUGCAAAGUGGAUGGGAAGUGAAUGGGUAUUGGAGGGGAAUCGGAUGGGAAUUGGAUGGUAAGUAGAUAGGAAGUGGAUCGGAAGUAGAUAGGAAGUGUAUCGGAAGUAGAUAGGAAGUGGAUCGGAAGUAGAUAGGAAGUGGAUCGGAAGUAGAUAGGAAGUGGAUCGGAAGUAGAUAGGAAGUGGAUCGGAAGUAGAUAGGAAGUGGAUCGGAAGUAGAUAGGAAGUGGAUAGGAAGUAGAUAGGAAGUGGAUCGGAAGUGGAUGGCAGUUGAAUGGGAUGUAGAUUGGGCAUUGGGAGCUAUUGCAGGAAGAGCCUAACGGAAACCAAUGGAAUCAGAUGGUAAGAUGUACAAUUAGAAUGUUUGCCUCUGCAUUGAAUAAGAGCCUCCUAUCAGGCAGAGGAAAUUUCUCCAGAGCCGGCGGCACACGGAAGCCGGGCGUUUCAAGAUUCGAUGAAACUGCUCUUAAAGGACAUCCACACAAAACACCACGGUCCACCACAAACUGGACAUCACUGUUCUUCAACUUGGUGUGUACGCCCCACAGGAGAGCGAUUUGAAGGAUAAUGGGGGGGGGGGCAUUUUGAACGAUAUGAGGGGAAAUAUGGGGGGGGGGGGAAAUUAGUCUCUAAGAUAGGAAAUGUUUGAAAUUUUAAAAAAAAAAAAAGUUUUUUCUGGGGGUGGGGUGGGGGGGGGGGAUGUGAGACUUGGCAGUUUAUGAAAAAAAAAGUUAACUACUGAAUUUCUUAGUGAUCUUUAAUGCAAUACAAAGUGUGUUUUCCUUAUUGUACUUGUAUCCCACAACGCUAAAUGUCAAGGACAUAGACUAAAUUGAAAUCCAAUCAUCCUGGCGGCAGUUUGGAUACCUUUUUUUUAAGCCCCUCUAUUAAGGGGGAGGGGGGAGGGACCCCAUUCAAGCUAAUUAGGUGUUCAGAUAAGGUCGGGACAAAAUAAAAGUUUAUGAAACAAACUGAUGCAUACGUCUUUGAUACGCUGCGGAGAAGAAAAAUUGUCCUUGGGUUAAGAUUUUAUAAAAAAAAACUAAAUAAAAAAAAACUAUUUUAAGCAGUUUUAAUAAAAUUAUGCUUCUUAGUGGAAUAUAUUAUGUUGAAUUUAUUCACUUGUACAUAAACUUUGGUUAUGGAAUAAACAUAUUUAAAAAAAGGUGUACGCAUUAAGAGCACAUUUCCAAAAUGAACGCAUUGUUGUGAGUUCCACUGCCCAUAUAAUCUCCCUGCUUAUUCUCCCACAGCAAUGUACGCGCCAAAACCCAGAUUCAUAUUCCUGGAAUUGAUCGAUUUUAGUGCUUCCAAGAAAGCGACCUUCUUUGCAAUCUUUAAAGUUUGACAUUUACCAGCAAUCAAUUUUUGUAUGUAACAAAGAUUCAACUCCCCCCCCCCCCCCCCUACCCUUUUUGUUGUGAGUUUUCACUCAAUUUGUACCGUGUACCCAAUGUGUACUCAAUCUGUGAUCAAUGUGUACUGUGCACCUAAUGUGUUGUCAAUGUGUACUGAGCACCUAUUGUGUACACAAAGUGUACUCGAUGUGUACUGUGCACUCAAUGUGUACUGUGCACUCAAUGUGUACUGUGCACUCAAUGUGUACUGUGCACUCAGUCUGUGCUGCAUGUGUGCUCCAUGUGUACUCAGUGUGUACUGUGUACCAGAUGUGUACUCAGUGAGUACCCAUGUGUACUCAAUGUGUACUGUGUACCAGAUGUGUACUGUGUACUAUGUACCAGAUGUGUACUCAGUGGGUACCCAUAUGUACUCAAUGUGUACUGUGUACCAGAUGUGUACUCAGUGGGUACCCAUGUGUACUAAAUGUGCGCUGUGUGCCAGAUGUGUACUCCGUGGGCACUCCAUGUGUACUCAAUGUGUACUGUGUACCAGAUGUGUUCUCAGUGGGUACCCAUGUGUACUCAAUAUGUACUGUGUAUCCAAUCGUCGUAAUGAAUCAUUCCACUCAUACUUCAAAAAAGAAAAAAAGAUUAAUUAAAAAAUUAAAAAUUCCAUUCUUUAAGAUAAUAACAUUAAACAUUUAAAAUCUCAUGCUCUUUAUCUCUCGGUCACUAUCACUGUAAACAUCAUCAUUAGAACAUUACUCUCUAAUCUACUCGCGGUCACGUUUAGCCGUUCCUAAAUGUAGUCUUCACUUAUUCUUGAAGAACUCCACUCCAUUUACAGGUGAACAACUUCCCCAACGCCAGUGCUGAAAAAGGCCGGAAGUUCCAUAAGAGCGUCAUGGAGUACUUCAACAUGUUGGCCAGGAUCAACCGGGAGCUCAGUAAGAAGGUAAACGAGACAUUUUUUGGCGCGUGGACCGUCAUUAGUCAGUGUUAGUUAAAUAUGUUUUACGAGACAUGAUGAAUGAUAUGAUAUCGUAUUAGGAGGUAUUUGUAGUUUGCGAUCAUUUUUCAUACACAGUACCUUCAAAGUUGUGGCCAGGGUCGGGCGAAGAGGCGGACGGAGGGCGCCAAAUUCGCCGUUUUUCAUGCAAUAAAUGUGUAUGUGUUUGGGUGAAAAGAAGGCCGAAUCUAGGCUUUGAGUAGGUUUUGUUUGCCGCGGCCUGGUUUGGGAUAUCUAGCCUACCAAGCCCUGACACUUUCACAUGCCACCAUUAUCAUGGAACUUUCAGUCAUCAGUUUUUGGUUAGCUGAUUCAGUUCCUCCGUCGAAUUCGAACACGACAUUAAUGUUAUCGUAUUCGUGCUGGUUCUGAAUUAGGCGGUGAACUAGCGAUAUCGGGAGAACACAAACAUAGCACUGCAGUUCAACCCAGUGCACCCCCCAAUGACCCACUGCAGUUCAACCCAGCGCACCCCCAAUGACCCACUGCAGUUCAACCCAGCGUACCCCCAAUGACCCACUGUAGUUCAACCCAGCAUACCCCCAAUGACCCACUGCAGUUCAACCCAGCGUACCCCCAAAACCCACUGCAGUUUAACCCAGCGUACCCCCAAUGACCCACUGCAGUUCAACCCAGCGCACCCCCAAUGACCCUCUGCAGUUCAACCCAGCGCACCCCCCAAUGACCCACUGCAGCUCAACCCAGCGCAUCCCCAAUGACCCAACACUUCCUUUGCAACCUCCCAGGUCCUCGACAAGGUCGACGCCGAGAUCACCACGUCAAUCAACAUGAUGGUCGUGGCCUGCCUGGUGUUCAUCUGUGUGCUCAUCAUGACGCCGAUACUGGUCAAACUGAUGCACACCUUGACCAUGUCCAUACAGGUAGGCAGCUCGUGCUAUCAGUUUAAACUCGGGCCUCGAGUCUGGCAGACGAAUGUCAGCUUUAGUCUUUUUUUUUUUAAUCAUACGCCUUUGAAAACAGUGUGGGUUUAAUUUUUACAACCAAAUGAAAAAGUCUGUGAAAACUAUAUUAUUUUUUUAGUUAAAAAAGUGAUAUGUAUAGACAUUUGAUUAGAGGAUUUGAUAUUUAUCUAUUUCUUAAAUAGUAAUAAGAAAAAAAACAACUCAAUAAUGUAAUGCCUAGUUCCACAGUUAGAGUAAAGAAUAUUGAAAGGGAAACAACAAUGAAAACACUUUUAAAAGCAAAGACUUUUUAUUUCCCCUUUUCUUAAAUGAAUUAAGUCAUUUUGGAAUAAAUUUAAAGCCUAAGAAAAAAGCACAGUGCUAAGCGCACAGUUAUAACAGUUGUUCAUAAGGUGAACAUCUUAUUACAUUUGUAAAAAAAGUAUCAGUCUCAAAUAUCUUGUAAUAUAAAAAUUUAAAAGAACAUUUAAAGGUAAACAACUGUAGAAUUAUUCACAUGAUCUGUCUUACCUCCCUUGUCUUCUUCUCCCAGAACUACGCCAUUGAGGCGUCUCACAAAUCCCAACAGCUCAUAAUAGAAAAACAGAGAUCCGACAGCUUGUUGUAUCAGAUGUUGCCCAAAUCUGUGGCACAGCAGCUCAAGAUGCACAAAACCGUCAACGCUGAAUUCUAUGACCAAGUAAGUCUCCAUAGAGCUGAAUUCUAUGCACAAGUAAGUCUCCACAGAACUGAAUUCUAUGACCAAGUAAGUCUCCAUAGAGCUGAAUUCUAUGCACAAGUAAGUCUCCACAGAACUGAAUUCUAUGACCAAGUAAGUCUCCAUAGAGCUGAAUUCUAUGACCAAGCAAGUCUCCAUAGAGCUGAAUUCUAUGACCAAGUAAGUCUCCAUAGAGCUGAAUUCUAUGACCAAGUAAGUCUCCAUAGAGCUGUUUUAUAUGACCAAGUAAUUCUCCAUGGUCCUGAUUUCUAUGAACAAGUAAGUCUCAAUAGAACUGUUUUAUAUGACCAAGUAAUUCUCCACGGUCCUGAUUUCUAUGAACAAGUAAGUCUCCAUAGAGCUGAAUUCUAUGACCAAGUAAGUCUCCAUAGAGCUGUUUUAUAUGGCCAAGUAAUUCUCCACGGUGCUGAUUUCUAUGAACAAGUAAGUCUCCAUAGAGCUGAAUUCUAUGACCAAGUAAGUCUGCACAGAGCUGAAUUCUAUGCACAAGUAAGUCUCCACAGAACUGAAUUCUAUGAACAAGUAAGUCUUCAUAGAGCUGAAUUCUAUGACCAAGUAAGUCUCUAUGGAGCUGGAUUCUAUGAAAAAGUAAGUCUUCAUAGAGCUGAAUUCUAUGAACAAGUAAGUCUUCAUAGAGCUGAAUUCUCUGACCAAGUAAGUCUCCACAGAGCUGAAUUUUAUGACCAAGUAAGACUCCAUAGAGCUGAAUUCUAUGACCAAGUAAGUCUCCACAGAGCUGAAUACUAUGACCAAGUAAGUCUCAAUAAAGCUGAAUUUUAUGAACAAGUAAGUCUCAAUAGAGCUGAAUUCCAUGACCAAGUGAGUCUCCAUAGAGCUGAAUUUUAUGACCAAGUAAGUCUCCACGGAGCUGAAUUCUAUGACGUAGUAAGUCUCCACAGAACUGAAUUCUAUGAACAAGUAAGUCUCCACAGAGCUGAAGUUGAUGUAUUAAAACUCAUUAUAUGUAUCAACAUUCUUCAAACAUACCAUUUCAUUAAAUUUCUUCAAAUUCUUUAAAAAUUAUAUCAUUCCUUGUUUGAAUACAUCAAAGUUUGUUUCAUUAACUGCUGGUCUUGUUUCCCUCCAGGUGACGUUAUUUUUUAGCGAUAUCGUAGGAUUUACAAAAAUCUCAGCUGCUAGCACACCUCUUCAGGUAGGUGAAAGGUCAAUGUUGGUCUUUUUAAAAUCACAACUGUUGCGUGGCUUCUUUUUGUUGUUGUUGGUGGCAUUGUUGUUGGUGGUGUUGUUGGUGGCAUUGUUGUUGUUGGUGGCAUUGGUGUUGUUGGUGGCAUUGGUGUUGCUGUUGUUGGUGGCGUUGUUGUUGUUGGUGUUGUUGUUGUUGUUGGUGGUGGCGUUGUUGUUGUUGUUGGUGGCGUUGUUGUUGUUGGUGGCGUUGUUGUUGUUGUUGUUGGUGGCGUUGUUGUUGUUGGUGGCGUUGUUGUUGUUGUUGUUGGUGGCGUUGUUGUUGUUGGUGGUGUUGUUGUUGUUGUUGGUGGUGGCGUUGUUGGUGGUGGUGUUGUUGUUGGUGGUGGUGUUGUUGUUGUUGUUGUUGGCGUUGUUGUUGUUGUUGGUGUUGUUGUUGUUGUUGUUGUUGGUGUUGUUGUGGUUGGUGGCGUUGUUGUUGUUGUUGUCGGUGGCGUUGUUGUUGUUGGUGGUGUUGUUGUUGUUGUUGGUGGUGGCGUUGUUGGUGGUGGUGUUGUUGUUGGUGGUGGUGUUGUUGUUGUUGUUCAUACACGUGAUUCCAGAGAAUCCCAUAAUGUUUGUUAGUCCAUCAAGAUGGUCUAGAGUCUGGUGUAACAUCAUGACAUACAGAACUCCUGUUAGAAGCAAUGUCACGGGUACUUAAUGUAACGCACAUCACCUGUGCCAUAUAAGUUGUGUGUUUGACACAUGCCAUCUGUGCCGAAUAAGUUGUUAUCUUUUUGACACAUGUCAUCUGUGUCAUUUAAAUUGUUAUCUUCUUAUACAUGUUAUCUGUGCAAUAUAAGUUGUUAUCUCUUUUCACGCAUGUCAUCCAUGGUAUUGUAUUAUUGACAAAUGUCAUCUCUGCCAUCUAGGUUGUCGUCUUAUUGAAUCAACUGUAUCAAAUAUUCGAUGACAUCCUGGACCACUAUGACGUGUACAAGGUGGAGACGAUCGGCGACGCCUACAUGGUGGUCAGCGGGCUGCCCAACAGGUUAGCCAAAUAACUGGACGGUCUUGUGACAAUGUCAUUUGCUGGCUUCUAGGCGCAGGUUUAGCAUCUAUAUCAGUGGUUCUCAAGCUUCCUAAUGCCGCAACCCUUUAAUACAUAUCCGCAUGUUGUGACCCCCAACCAUAAAAUUAUUUUCGAUGCUAAUUCAUAACUGUAUCUUUUCCCAAUGGUCUUAGCCGACCCCUUUGUAAGGAGGAAUACAUUCUUUGACCAAUUUAACACGUUAGCUUCCCCCAAAAGCAACUGGAUGAAUAACAUGGACUUAACGUCUGAAGUUACCUCUCUUGUGGUCACAUUUCAGGAACGGUAGUACCCACUGCGCUGAGAUAUCCCUGAUGGCCAUUGAGCUGCUGAAGACCACCAUAGACUUUCACAUUCCACACAUGCCCAGCAGGACGGUAGAACUAAGGAUAGGAUGCCAUUCAGGUGGGUCAUGUAGGUCGUUCAGGUGAUUCAUGUGUGUUGUUCAAGUGAGUCAUUCAGGUGAGUAAUGUAAGUGAUUUAGGUGAGUCAAGUAGGUCAUUCAGGUGAGUCAUUCAGGUGAGGCAUGUAAGUCAUUCAGGUGAGUCAUGUAGGUCAUUCAGGUGAGUUAUUCGGACGAGACAUGUUAGUCAUUCAGGUGAGUCAUUCAAGUGAGUAAUGUAAGUGAUUCAGGUGAGUCAUGUAGGUCAUUCAGGUGAGACAUUCAGGUGAGGCAUGUAAGUCAUUCAGGUGAGUCAUUCAGGUGAGUCAUGUAUGUCAUUCAGGUGAGUCAUUCAGGUGAGACGUGUAAGUCAUUCAGGUGAGUAAUGUAGGUCAUUCAGGUGAUUCAUGUAUGUCAUUCAGGUGAUUCAUGUAUGUCAUUCAGGUGAUUCAUGUAUGCCAUUCAGGUGAUUCAUGUAUGCCAUUCAGGUGAUUCAUGUAUGCCAUUCAGGUGAUUCAUGUAUGCCAUUCAGGUGAUUCAUGUAUACACUGGUAGGAGUAGUAGAAACUGCAAACAACUUUAAAGACUAAUAAGAUCAUUAUCCUCUUUCUAUGAAAAAAAAAAAAGCUUUUUCAAUUGAACAGAUGUUUUCAUUGUAUCAACAUCUAUUCAUGUACAGAGUAAAUUAUUGCUAGUUUGGUAUUAAAUUACGCCAUUGACAUCACAUUAAGCUAUGUAUACAUUUUUAAUGUGUCAUCUUGUUCCCAGGUUCUGCCGUGGCAGGUGUCGUAGGGAACAAAAUGCCAAGGUAUUGCCUGUUUGGAGACACCGUCAACACAGCCAGUCGAAUGGAGUCCCAUGGCAUGCGUACGUCAGACAUCCUUCAAACAUUUUUUUAAAUAUUAAUUAGCAAUCACUUUAGGGCAGUGGUUGGGCGAACGCAUGAGUCAAAAGGCCCCCCCCCCCCAAAACAAAAUUAGCAGCAGGACAUUCACGGGUCACUAAAGAGCCGCAUGGGGCUCCCGAGCAGCAAUUUGCCGAUCACUGUUUUAGGUGACCUCAAGGACUGUCAUCGAUUAUCCACGGGAUAUUUUAGGGAUGAAAUCUUUAUUAAAUAAUAAUUCGAAUAUCUUUCAUUAAAAAAAAACAACCCCCGAGAAUGUGUUUGAUAAUUUCAAAUGACUUUCUACGCCGCGGUCCCUUUAUGUAAGAUCCACAAUGUAAGGUCACCCAUUGUGAGGUCAUUUACGUAACGUGACCUAUGUAAGGUCAUCCAUUUAAGGUCAUCAAUGUAAGGUCACCCGUGUAAGUUCACUUACGUAACGUGACCUAUGUAAGGUCAUCAAUGUAUGGUGACCUAUGUAAGGUCGCCUAUGUAAGGUCAGCCAUAAAGGGGGAUAAUAAUGGAAGGUCGCCUAUGAAAGGUCACCUAUGUAAGGUCACCUAUGUAAGGUCACCUAUGUAAGGUCACCUAUGUAAGGUCACCUAUGUAAGGUCACCUGUGUAAGCGUUCAAAUUAGCUGCAUAUAAAGUCGUGUGUAAAAUCAUGUUUCCGGUUCUCCAUUUAGGUAGGUCGGGUGUCCUAACACCGUUAAAUCGGAGGACCUGUUCACCGUCCCACUGAUACUGAGAGAGGUCGGGUCCACUGUCCCAUAAAAAUUGUUCUGGGCCUGGGCUUAUAGUUUUUUUUUUAAAAUAUGCUCAAAUUCCUGUGCAUGCUCCACUUAUCUUAUGUGCAAAAAACAGAAACAUACAAUUAACUAUUUAAAAUGAAGAACAAUUUGAAUCAAGUUAUUAGUAUUCCCAUUGGAAGUAAGUGCUUACAUUUAGCUCAUGAAACGGUCAAUGAUGUCCAGGUCUACACAUGUCCCUGCUUCCCAGGCACCUGAACGAAGGCCAGGCGGGCCCGGGCUAAGCACCCCCGGUAGGCUGACUAUGGCCCGCAGUUUGAGGGCCCCUGAGCUAGAUUUUUUUGUCUUUCUUAACUAUAUCAUUUCAAUUAAUUAUUAAUAUGCUCGCUGUAGCUCGCAAAACAAUGGCCACGAUCAAUGAACUAACUUCCCAUCUACUUUAGUUACUUGACAAAACACGUAUUCAAGUAACGCUCUUGCAAGAUUCCCAAUUAGAGCCACCCCCACCCGCCCAUACGCCAACGCCACUGAACUCUUAUUAAUGAGACUCGUUCCGUCAAACAAAAGGAAAUAGUAUGCACCAAAUGCACUAACGGUUUUAAAAAAAAAAAUCUCAUUUAGUUUAGUUAUCGGUAGUUUGUUUUUGCGCGAUAUAGAGUUAGUGACCGGACAGUGUUACAUAGAGACUAAUGUAUUUUGAUGAUAAAGGUGCUGGACAUGUUUGGUAUACCCGUUAAAUGAUUAAAUGGAUGCAGACGUUACACAUCUUUACAAUUCUAUUUCAGCAAACAGAAUUCAUAUAAGUUUCACCAUGAAUGCACUGCUGAUGAAAAUCAAAGGGUUUACAACGGAGAGACGGGGCAUCAUUGACAUAAAGGUAUUUUAGCACUGUCGUAAAGGUAUUUUAGCAUUGUCGUAAAGGUAUUCUAGAUGUUGACAUAAAGGUAUCCUUAGACAUUGACCUAAGAGGUUUUUCUAGAUGUUGACUUAAAGGAAUUCUAAGCAUUGAUAUAAGGUAUUCUAGAAAUAAACAUAAAGGUAUUCUAGACAUUGAAAUAAAGGUAUUAUAGACGUGGACAUAAAGGUAUUAUAGACAUUGACAUCGGUGUGCAGUUCUCAUAAUAUCAUAUUCAUGUGUUCUUGAACCCAAAAAGUCACUUCAGAUUCUGUAGCAUAUUGUUCUACUGAUAGUCGAUUUAGCAGAACCCAGAACCGUAACAAUAGGACAUUGAUCCACCGUGCGUUGGUAUAGCAGUAAUCAAUAAUAUGAUCAUGACCAGGACCUACUUUAAACAAUAAUAAAUAUUUAUGUUUAUAUUGCAGCUAGACCCGGGCUGUGUUGUCAGCAUUAGUUUUAUUUAUUACAAACAAACCCCUUGAAAAUAAAUAUGUAUUUCUGUUGACACAGGGCAAAGGUCAGAUGGAGACCUACUGGCUGCUGAGCACGGACAGGCCUUUAAUGACCUUGGCCAGCAACGGCGUGGCGUUGCCGGACAUCACGAGGGACAGCGUCGUCGCCAAGGUGAAACACCACAACUCCAGCUUCCACAGGACGGCCUCGGCCGGAUCAUCGCCGACACUGGCGGCCUGGGAGGACGACGACCCCACGUUAUAGAUGGACGAGAGCACCUCCCCCG